AAUUGUAGUUUUCUGGACAGAAGUGACGGUCCGUAGCAGACGCCGAGGUGCCGCCAGUUCUCCCGCCUUCAUUUCCCAUCGUGCUGAGGCGGGUGGCAUGGCGGAGAAGGAUGACACCGGAGUUUGACGAAGAGGUGGUUUUUGAGAAUUCUCCACUUUACCAGUACUUACAGGAUCUGGGACACACAGACUUUGAAAUAUGCUCUUCUCUGUCACCAAAACCAGAAAAAAGCACAGUGACAGAGAGACAACAAAAGCAUCCUGCAAGAGCCCUGACAAAACAAGGCAUCCUGUUAAAAGUGGCUGAAACCAUCAAAAGUUGGAUUUUUUCUCAGUACAAUAAGAAAGAUGACUUACUUCACAAGUUGGAUAUUGGAUUCCGACUCGACUCACUACAUACCAUUCUGCAACAGGAAGUCCUGUUACAAGAGGAUGUGGAGCUGAUUGAGCUACUUGAUCCCAGUAUCCUGUCUGCAGGGCAACCUCAACAACAGGAAAAUGGACACCUUCCAACACUUUGCUCCCUGGCAACCCCUAAUAUUUGGGAUGUCUCAGUGCUGUUUGCCUUCAUUAGUUUGCUCAUUAUGCUUCCCACUUGGUGGAUUGUAUCUUCCUGGCUGGUAUGGGGAGUGAUUCUGUUUAUUUUUCUGAUCGUAAAAGCUUUGAGAUUAUGGACAACAGCCAAACUACAAGUAACUCUAAAAAAAUACAAUGUCCAUUUAGAAGAUACAGCAACAAAUAGCCGAGCUUUUACUAACCUUGUGAGAAAAGCUUUACGUCUCAUUCAAGAAACUGAAGUCAUUUCCAGAGGAUUUACACUUUUGCUUGACAGGGUCAGUGCUGCUUGCCCAUUUAAUAAAGCUGGACAGCAUCCCAGUCAGCAUCUCAUCGGUCUUCGGAAAGCGGUCUACAGAACUGUAAGAGCCAACUUCCAAGCAGCAAGGCUAGCUACCCUAUAUAUGCUGAAAAACUACCCCCUGAACUCUGAGAGUGACAAUGUAACCAACUACAUCUGUGCGGUGCCUUUUAAGGAGCUGGGCCUGGGACUUAGUGAAGAGCAUAUUUCAGAAGAAGAAGCACAUAACCUCACAGAUGGUUUCAGCCUCCCUGCUUUGAAGGUUUUGUUUCAACUCUGGGUGGCACAGAGUUCAGAGUUCUUCAGACGGCUAGCCCUAUUACUUUCUACAGCUAAUUCACCUCCUGGGCCCUUACUUACUCCAGCACUUUUGCCUCAUCGUAUUUUAUCUGAUGUGACUCAAGGUCUACCUCAUGCUCAUUCUGCCUGCUUGGAAGAGCUUAAGCGCAGCUAUGAGUUUUAUCGGUAUUUUGAAACUCAGCACCAGUCAGUACCCCAGCGUUUAUCCAAAACUCAACAGAAGUCAAGAGAACUGAAUAACGUUCACACAGCAGUACGCAGCUUGCAGCUCCAUCUGAAAGCGUUACUGAAUGAGGUAAUAAUUCUUGAAGAUGAACUUGAAAAGCUUGUUUGUACUAAAGAAACACAAGAACUAGUAUCAGAAUCUUAUCAAAUCCUAGAACAGAAGUUGAAGUUGAUUCAGCCCCAUGUUCAGGCAAGCAACAAUUGCUGGGAAGAGGCCAUUUCUCAAGUGGACCGACUGCUCCGAAGAAACACAGAUAUAAAAGGCAAGCCUGAAAUAGCGUGUGAGAAUCCCCGUUGUACUGUGGCGCCUCUGAUGCAGCCUGCUCUACACAUUGCAGACAAAGAUCCCAUCCCCGAGGAGCAGGAAUUAGAAGCUUAUGUAGAUGAUAUAGAUAUGGACAGUGAUUUCAGAAAGGAUGAUUUUUAUUACUUGUCUCAAGAAGACAGAGAGAGACAGAAGCGUGAACAUGAAGAAUCCAAGAGGGUCCUCCAAGAAUUAAAAUCUGUGCUGGGAUUUAAAGCAUCAGAGGCAGAAAGACACAAGUGGAAGCAACUUCUAUUUAGUGAUCACGCUAUGUUGAAAUCCUUGUCUCCUGUAGACCCAGUGGAACCCAUAAGUAAUUCAGAACCAUCAGUGGAUUCAGAUAUGGGGACAGUUGGUAAAAAUGAUACUGAAGAGGAAAAUAGUAAACCCUCCACAGCUGACAAUGAAAUAAGUAGUAGGACUGAGUAUUUAUCUGAAAACCCUCUAGAUAGUAAAAAUAAAGACAAUUCUGCAAAUGACGUCUUCCUCCAAGGAGCUGAAGAAAGAGUGUGUUACCAGUGUGAGAGUGAAGAGGAAUGUCAGCAGGCAGAUGUAGGUAGCCUGUCCACUGCCCAUCCAACUGCCAGGGACUUCUUUCAGCCCUCCAUUAAGCAGAGACUGGCACGGCUCCAGCGGUCACCGGAUUUUACCUUCACUGCCGGUCUUGCUGCAGAAGUGGCUGCUAGAUCUCUCUCCUUUACCACCAUGCAGGAACAGACUUUUGGUGAUGAGGAGGAAGAACAAAUAAUACAAGAAAAUAAAAAUGAGGUAGAAGAGAAUUAAGAACCAAGAUUUACAUGAAGGAUUUUAAAUUGUUGCUUUUAUGCAGGUGUUUUAGCUUCAACACUACAUAAUCCACUGGAAAGGGAACAUGAGUGUUUACUAUAUAUAAAGCUAAGAUGUGAAUUUACAACAAGAACCCUGGUUUGAACAACUGCUCUGAAAAUAGUAGCUAACCUGUAAAUGGCAAAUCUUUUAGGAAAAUAAGAAGGUAAGGGCUCUUUUGAAUAAACUUGCUGUUUUAAUUGCAGUACAACUGAUCAAUCUUGGGAAUUCUUUAGGUACUUCUAAUAAGAAACAAAUUUAUCAUUUCUUGCCAGAAUUCGCUAAAAUGACUGGGAUAAUUCUAUUGCAAGAACAUUUAGUAUGACUCCUUUUUACUAUAUUCUUGCAGUUAAUAACUGCAACUAUUAUGUUAAUAACAACUUGUUUGUAUUUUAUUUUUGUUUCUACCAGCCUUAAAGAUACAGGUUCUGAAUUUAAAAAAAAAUUGAAUUCAUACAAUGAAUGUGUACUGGGGGUUGGAACUAAAAAGUAGUGUCAAAAAUACUGGGACUGUGACAUGUUUCUUAACGUUUCCUUGUUCAUACCUGUAUUCGGUAGUUAAUUUUAAGAUGUCCUAAUAAUCCUUAAGAGAAGAACAUUGUACUGUUUUAAAAAUUAGCCUUUCAAUUAUUUUUUGUGUUUAUCUUAUGUUCUUGUUGUAACUAAUAGGGAAUGAUGUCAAAGUGGGAUCCCCGUAGUCCAAGGCCCCAUUCCCAACUUUGCAGAAAGUUCUUUGUUUAGGUUUGCCUACAGAUAAUUGGGUGCCAUUAACACAAGCCGGUCACCUUAGCUGCCGAUUUCUAACCUGAGGCUAUACCCUCUCUCCACCUUAAUGAGAUUCUGGAAACAUCCUGUCUGCUUCCUGGAAAGCAUCCUUGUCUCCUUAGUACUUCAUUUACAAACUACCUCUUAAAAGAGGUUGCUUUCCAAAUUGUCCAGUGUUAAAUGACUGCAUUUUCAAAAUGUGACAUUUUCAGGAGUAUAGUACGUCUUGAAACCUAUAGCUCUUCCGCACUGACAUAGUUUAUAGACAUUACUUGGGGAAAGUACAGGAAUAGUAAUUUCUGCUGCUGUCCUAGAGAGGAGAUUACACGAUGGGUAUAGUCUUUAGAGAAACAUUCAGAUUCCUGUAAACUUAGAGCACUUUGAGUUAGUAGUUUUAUGUAUCCAAAGGGAUUUUUUUUUUUCCAGUAAUCUUAGGAAAUGUAUUUUUUAACCUGAGGAAAAACUUGGUUCUGCUUUAUAUGAAUAGUAGAGACCCUCUGUGAUUCUGCCUAUUGACCAAAAAUCUGGGACUUACCCAUAAUUAAGCUCUUAGGAUUAUCUUAGGGUGGGCCUAAUUUACCACUUAGCAAUAGUUAGCUAAAUUUCAAGAAAAAAACAAAUUCUUGUUUUGAGACUGACGAUUGUAUUCAUAAAUAAUAAUACUUUCUUUUUAAAUUACUUAGUUUGACAACUCCUUUUCUCCUUGGAUUUAGAAGAAGCAGUUAUGGAAAACCUUGGUAAUCUUUCUCUUAAUCUGUAACCUUACACAGGAAGAAUUAGAGUUUAGUAACUUUUAAUUCUUUUAUUGUAUUAUUUUUAUUAUAGCGGUUUAGGAAAAAAAUCUUAAUAUCUUAUCAGUUUUAUUCAGUGCUCUCUGAGGUGAUACUUUUUAAUUUUAAAAGACUGAUUUUAAUCAGGAAUUCCUAAUCUUCCAGUCUGAUCUGUUUUAUUCACUGUUAACAAGUUAAGUUGUUAACUUAAUUCCAUGAAAAUUCUACUUGUUGAAACCAUGAUAUAAGGAUCUUGGGACUUUAACUGAAGCUUCUUUUUUUGUGUGUAGUUUUCAAAAUUUCUUUCAUCUUUUAAAAUGCUUCUAAGAUAAAAUAUUAUUUUCCCUGUGAAUAUUCCUAAUUUUCUCUUUUAAUAGUCUAAAAGUCAGUGUUUCUCAGUUUUUUUUAUGGGGCAUCAACUUAGAAUAAAUUAGAGGUCUUAUUUUUACAUUUCAGAUUAGGGGCCAUACUCCCAAUCCAUUCUCAGUUGGUCAUUUUGGAAUGAGACCUAGGUGAUGUUUAUGCCCAGUAAAAUCUAAGAACCUCUGUCUAGGACUUUUUCUUGCCAUGAAUACCUUAGGAAAUAAAAACAAGUCAAUGUAAUUAUAAUUAGGUACUCUUGUUGCUUUUCUAAGAAUAUUUCACUUUUUAUUGUCAGGCUUUUGACUAGUUUUAAUAGUUGCCAUCCUCCUUCCAAAAGAAGCCCUCCGGGAAAAAUAUUUUGUGAUGCAACGCUUAUAAUUGUGCUUUCCAAAUUUUACAAUGAUAUUUUGACCAGAUACUUCUUGUUAGGAGUAAUAUCCUAACAGCUUUUAACAUGAACAUUUCCAUAGUUUAUUUUACCAGGACAAACCUAGUACUUAAUGUAAAAAUGCAUGAAAGAAGCUAUUUGGGGUACUCCUGAAGACAAGAUUUUUACCCUUUGCCUACAGUAAGGAAAGUCAUGGCAGUAAAUGAUCUGGUAAUGGUUAAUCAUACCUAAAAUUCUUAUUUUUUUCAGCUUUCAUUAAAACCCUGCAUAUCUGGCAUACAUUGGGCCAGACUUGCUGGUGUUUGAUUUGUGAUCUUCUGCUUAUAUUCUAAGUUGUCUGUAUUUUCUGACUUCCUAAGUUAAGCCUUCUUUAAAAUUGUACUUCAUUAAAAUUGUACAUUUGAAUAUA